UUCCAUACUGAGUCAGUGCAGACGAAGGAUAGUCUGCUGAGGUUGGACACCAGCUAGCAUGGGUGAGUCGGUUCGCUCCACCAUGGGCAUCGGCCUGACGGAGGACACGUCUCUAGUCAUGCCGUCCGACAAGAACCAAUGCACGGGACAACAGCGCGUGCUGCAGCAGGUGAAAAGCAUCAAGAGAACCAAGUCGAAAAUGGUCAAGGACUCCCUUCCGUCUCCAACUAGUCCGGCGUCAGCGACAGAAUACAGUGAGCCUAAAUUCCAGUUUUCGCCAACAACAGCGCCCGUCAAUCUCUUUAGCAGGAGCUCCACCAACACAAGCAGAUGGCAAAGCAGAAUGACAUGCCACUAUACCGUGAGAAGACAGAACGGCAGCAUCACCCAGUCCAUCAGGAAUGGGCCAAUCCCCGUAGGAAGCCAGAACGGGAACCUAUCACGUGCUAGAACUGUGAGAACUGCCAGCCAAUCACAGAUUGUGAACCAUGUCCGAAGCAAAUCAGAUUUAUCUGGUAUGAAUGGUUCCAAAUGGGAAAUGAAUGCUAUGACUCUUCAGGAAGCAGUGGAGCUCCUCACGCACCCAGACAUGUACCAACAGCUGUGUGGAGCAUCAUUCAUACAGCACUGCACAUACGUUAAAGGAGAAGCCAGGCGAGAGGUUUGUCAGUUGGGAGGGAUUCAUACACUCAUUCAGCUGCUGAAAAGCGAGAAUUUGGAUAUACAACAGACAGUGUCCGCUGCACUGCGUAAUGUCGUCUUUAAGGACUCAGAAAACAAGUCCACGGUGAAGCUUUAUGGAGGAAUAAAAGUCAUUUUAGAUUUAGUCCAAAGCAAUAAAGAUGUGGAAAUCCAGAAACAGCUCACCGGUCUUUUGUGGAAUCUGUCCUCAGCCGAUGAUCUUAAGCCAGAUCUCAAUGAAACUGGACUGGAAAUGCUUACAAAAAGCAUUCUGGUCCCAUACACCCAGCCUCAAAGGCAUACUGAAAAUCUGAUCGAACCUGAGAUCUUCCUCAACACCACUGGCUGUAUAAGAAACCUCAGCUGUUCCAGUGAUGAGGAAAGGAUAUGUAUGAGGAACUGCCCAAACCUGAUCGACUCUCUCGUGAAAUACCUUCAGGGUCGGCUGGAACUAGGCGAGCUAGAUGACAAGUCAGUGGAAAACUGUGUCUGUAUACUUCAUAACCUGAGCUACAAGCUGGAUAAAGAGGCUCCAAAGCACUUUUCUAUCAUUGAGGAUUGUUCCACGCAAAAAGCAGAGGCCAGAAGCAAAAACAGCCUCUUCAGCACAAAAAUUCAAAAGGAACUUUCCUUCCCAGCGAUGGAUACUCUUAAUCCCGAGGGUGUGAGUUGGCUAUACCAUAGAAAGACACUGCAAAUGUACCAGUUUCUGCUGAGGCUCUGUCAGAAUGAAUCCACUCUGGAGGCGUGCUGCGGAGCGUUACAGAACCUCACUGCUUCAAAAAACCCUGUGUCCACUGUGAUGAGUCAGGCUAUUCAGAAACUGAACGGCUUGCCAAUCUUAACCUCCCUGCUGAAUUCACCGAACCAGAACCUGCAGAAGACGGCAAUGUCCGUGGUGGGAAACAUGUCCCGGGUGUCAAAUUUGCGGGCUAUUAUGGCCAAGGAAGCUCUUCCACACGUUUUAUCCUUUAUCUCACAUGUGGAUAUAAAGAAUGUUAAGGCGGACGACACUAUCGCCACAGCGUGCAGCGUGAUACAAACACUCGCGGUGGCAGAGCCCGAGCACAGCAAGAAAUUGUUUAAAAGAGCUAUGAUCAUGAAUCUGAGCCUUCUCAGUGAAAACAUGUCAUUUUCAAAUGCUAGACAGCCUGCUGGAGCUCUCCUCUACAGUCUAUGGGGACAAAAAGAUAUUUACAGCAGGUUGAAAAAGAAUGGAAUGAUCAAGGACACAUUUGUUAACACAGUCACGGCUGCAUCUUACAAAAUAAUAUCCGACAAACAAUUCCGCUGAUCAGCAUGUACAUGUGGUGCCCUGGAAGUCAGAAUGUGUCCUGCAAUUUGAAUGUCUGUAUUUUGUUGGGCACAUUAACUCAACGUGUUCUUGCAAUGUUCUGUUUAGUGCCUCAUGCAAAACAUGUACGCUAUGCCAUGAGAAACAGUUCUUACACUAUGCCUUUCCAGACUUGCACUUCUGGUCUUGCAGAGUAAUAAUUUCACUCCUCUUUUUGUAUUGCUUUUCUACUCCUGUGUAACAAUAGCAGUAUAGCAAACAUGUUUAAACAUAGUAUAUCAUUAUACAUGGUGAUUCUGACGAUUCUCUGUAAGACCUUUGGUUGUUGAUGGGUAAAUGUUCUUCUUGUGAUUACUUAAAUGUUGCUUUCAUGCUGUUUUUAGAGCUUUAAAGUUUUAAACGUUUUAAAGUGAUCAUGAAAAAAUUAACAUUCUGUCCACAUUUUAUCACCCUUAUGCCAUUUUAAACCCGGACCGUUUUCUUUCUUCUGCAGAACACAAAAGACGAUUUUUUUGAAGAAUCUUUCCAAACAAUAUUGAACCCCAUUGACUUCUAUUAUGAACACAAAACCACUGAGACAUUUCUCAAAACAUCUUCUUUUGUGUUACACAAAAAGAAAAAGAGUCGGAAACAAGAAUACAUUUUUUAAUCUUGAUUAAUCUGACAAAUAUAGUGAAGAAUUGUUUCUUUUAAAGACCCAUCUCUACACUGACAACAUUAAAACUUUCUCUUUAUUGUA